CUCCGUCCCGGACAACAUGAUAUCAAUAAUUUCACUCUGCUAUUGCAUAUGCCUCACUGAUCACGAUACUCUUUUGUCCUCCCUCGUUAGCAAACACUUGAUCCAUAUCCGCUCUGUUACAAUGGAUGGUCUAUCCCUCCUCAGCGUACUCAACAUCACUCUCAGUUUCUUAUUGUUCCUAAUCAAGUUGAUCAAGCUAGCCAUGGAGAUAUACGAGACCGGCAAGGUAUCGGAAAACGAGAGACUUCAGAAGGAGAUUUACGUCCUGACGGGGAUGGUUAAGUGCCUGCAGGAGCGAGCAGUGACCGAUGCUGACCCGCUCACGGACGAAGAACGAUUCCUGCACGACCUCUGCAGCGAGUGCAAUGCCGCUUCGAAUGAACUCCAAUCCAUGCUAGAUGAGCUACAAGAGGCAGGAGGCAGAGACAAGAUUUUUUGCAAGAACGCGUGGAAGAGCCGCGCCAAAGGCAAGCUCGAAGCUAGGCUCAACCAGUGCGGAGGGCGGCUUGCAUCGUUUGUCACUACAACAAAGAGCACGAGAAUUCUACAAGGUCUAAGUGAUAUCAAGCGGGGCGACGAGCUUUAUGCGGCCAGACUAGAAUCUCUCACCAAGGAGGUUUCCACACUCGGCUCCGAAAUGGCUCGCCACAUCCACGAUCUGGGUCUCCUACUUGGGAUAGGCGAUCGGAUCCGGCAGGGGGUGCAAGCCAUCGGGAUGCGGAUGGACCGCAAUGGUGCCCACGCGCGGGCAUCCUCGAUUUUGAAUCGAUUGGCCUUCGACGGCAUGCAUGACCGGUAUGAAAGUUUGGCAGACGCUGAAGCGGACAGCUUCCGGUGGCUCAUCGAUGCCGAUAUGCCCCUGGAUGACAGCCCCCUCCAGUAUCAAGCGCGCGAGGCCUCUCUGACCUGGCUCAGGGAGGUUCAGGGGAUCUUCCAUAUGACUGGGAAGCCCGGCGCUGGGAAAUCGACUCUCAUGAAGUUUUUAUCGGGCAACGUGCACGGGCGUCUGCAGGCCUGGUCCAGCCCACAGACUGAGUGGGAGAACAAUCUCCGAACUCCAGAUCAAAAGCUCAAUCUCUCCCAGGCGCAAUGCGCCCUCACUACGCUACAUACCCAUGACAAAAUCUACAUCAACCACCGCCUGGUCAUCUUCAUUGACGGUAUUGACGAGUUCAUGGGUUGCCAGAAAGAUCUGUGCCUGCUCCUAAACGAGUGGGCGCAGCUCAGGCCUCACGGCGUGAACAUCUGCGUCUCGAGCCGGGAGGACCAGGAUAUUCACGAAACACUGGGACCAUCCGCCACGUUGCGUCUCCAGGAUGUCACCUUUCCAGACAUCCUCGCUGUGGUGCAUGAUCGACUGACAAAAAUCACCAACUACGGCAUCAUCUACACCCCGGUUCACCCACCGGCCCGCCUUCGAGGGCACGAUGCGUUCGAUACCUUGUGUCAGACGAUGCUGGCUGAUCUCUGUACCACAGCGACGCCCUUCAGCCAGGAAGAUCUUCCGCGGGCGGAUCUGCGUGUUUUCUAUUUGGAGGGAUAUUACACGAUAGACCCGGCCCCAAGGAAGUCCAGCCUCAACUCUCAACUCGAUCUUAUCGACAUCCUGGAGCUGAUGAGCAUGUUCGUGAGGCAGCAAGUCCCUCCGCAGCGACCCGAACGAUUCUUUUGGUUUCUGGCCUCCUUGUCUCGCAUUCUCGGCACCGCCCAGCCCGAGGAGUACAAUCUCAAUCUGUGGCUGGAAUGUGAGCUGUUCGGCAAGACGCGGGCUCCUCCGCUGCUGCUCAGCAAUGAGAAUAAUACUCGCUGGACCUCAGACCAUGAUUCUCGCAGCCCGAUCCGUCUGAUGUUUCCUUUCCUGUUCCCAGCCCUGUCCGCAUGCAUUGAGAUCCCCUGGCGCGGAGGCGAUCUCCUUCCUCUUCUACCAGCCGGAGAAGAUUACGCGAGCUGGCUGACCCGAAUCGUGCCUUUCAGAGCGCUCACCCUCAACGCCAUCGGGUCGGCCCAGAGGCAGCUCCCCCGCGCGGCCGCUGGAUUCAUCGAGCUCUUAAAAAUUUAUUGGCGACACGGUCUGUCGCUGGACCAGCAAAGCCGCGAUGAAGUGAUUGCGGGGAUGGCCCGGGACCAGUGGCACUGGGAAUUCUUCGUCGUCGAAGCUCUCAGCAUGAACUCCGCGUGGCAUGACGGGGACCCCCAGGUGGAGUUGGAGGUCCAACUCGACGACCAGGCCUACAAGCGGGCUAAUGCGCUGGAGGCCGCGCAAUCUGGUCUCGGCCUCAUCACGGACACGGUUGGCUGUCACGACCCUCAUGUUCCUGUUGAUGAUAGCCUCUCCGGUAGUCUUCUUGAUGAUCGCCUCGGUGGGCCCCCGGAUGGUCCCUCCGAUGGUCCUUUUGGUGGUUUUCCUGAUGAUCACCCGGUUGGUCCCUUUCAUGGUCCUCUUGGCGAUUUUCCUGAUGAUCCCCCGGAUGGUCCCUCCGAUAGUCUGAUUAAAGGUUAUCCCUGGGAAGGCGGCAAUGUCUUUUUGAGUUCCUUGACAUUAACAGUCGGAAAGAAGAAGAAGAAGAUCGAACUGGUGUACUUUCUGGAUGAUCUUCCCAGGGCUCGCGCACUGAAGCCGCUUCGAGAUCGGAUGGGAAAUGCGUUUACCCUUCGUGAUCUCAUCACAGCCCUGUUCCCAGCCAAGGCGGCAGCCACCCUUCACAAGCUAGUCGAUUCGCCUCUCGCCGAUCUCUCACCCGAAGAGCGAGCAUCAAGGAUGCAUGAAUUGGAAGCAGAGGUCCGAGCCUUGUUGUGUCUCGAGGCCAUUGAGGAUGCAUUUGGCAAUUGAGGACGGGAGAAUCCAUUUGGGAUUAAUGAAAAAUGGGGAAAGGGGGGGCGUGGAUUUAGGGCCUUGUUCCGAGCGGGGGAGUUUUAUCUUUCUUUUCUUGAUUCCUUAAAUUUCUCCUUCUUACCCUUCUUUCUUGUUUUCUCUCGAUUUAUUUUUUUUCGGCGCCUUAUCUUUGUUCCCAUCCUCUCAAAAGUUCUAUUCACUGGCACCAACAAGUCCUCUAUGAGGAUCCUGUACUAUACGUGCCGUGAGGCAAAAUCUCUGCCCAACCUCCAAUCCAACCACGGUUGAAGGGCAUUUAUUUCUUUCUCCGCCACCUUGUCAAUACUAAGUGUAUCCUCUGCAUAUCUUUCUUCUAAAUAGCGAC